AUGUCCGAACUAGGUCUUUUCAGUGGAAUUUCCGGCCCUAAAACGAGCGAUAAAACCAUUGAGUUCUCUGGCACCACCACGCAAGUGAGCGGUUUGACCAAUGUGCGAAGACAAUCCUUCAGUAGCAAGGGCUCGUCUUCCAAGGGCGGUAGUAAAAGUAGCUCAGGCUCCAAUAAUAACAAUGAUAUCAAUCAGGGAACGCCCGACUCGAAAGAGACGGAGAACACCGUUGCCACCACAGACAGCCACAGCGCUACAAGUGGAGAUGUGUUUAUGGGUGUUAAGGAAGGAAAUGACGACGAAAUUGGUACAAUUGUAGGAGAGAGGUCUGUUGCUAGUCAAUCUACUUAUACUCCUGGGAGUGGGAAUAGUAGAAAGCUAGACUACGAUGAUGACACUGGAUCUGUGAUGAGCAUUCCAGUGAUGAAGAAUCGGAAGAUAGACGACCUUGAUGUAGAGGUUGCACUAUGCACACCAGAAGAGGCUGAGUAUGCAGCAGAGGAGGACGAAGAUGAUGACGACGACAAUAAUUCGAUGCCUCCUCCGCCUCCUCCUCCAACAGAUGAUACUGAUGAUACUCGUCCUACCACCAAAACUCUAAAGGGUACUCCCAACAACAACAACAAUGGAAAGAGAAGUCUUCUUCCAUUCUUUAUUGUGGGAGCCAUCUGUCUUGUCCUUGGAGGAGUCGCGGGUGCCAUUAUCACUCGAAAUUCAGACAGCUUCAAGAAUAGCAGAUCUGUUUCGAACAAUGCGGCAACAGAUGGUGAUGGUGGUUUUGAAAUGCCCAAUACUUCCGAGGAUGAAGCUCCUCCAGCGGUUAUUGUCCCAGAAGACCCUACAUCCAGUCCUACCACCACGGAACCGACUCUUGCCCCCACCACGUCCGAACCGACCGUCUUUGUUCCCACCGAACGACCGACCCGUACCCCCACGGCAGUUCCCACGCGUCGACCCACCCUCUCCCCGACCAGCACCAAUCAAUUGCUGGGGCGAUCGGACCGAUUGGAGCGCCUCAAACUCGAGCUGGGAUUUGUGCGAGAAACCUGUCAUCCACAAGCCGACGAUUGGUUCCUAAAUGUCGAUACUUGGGGACAAGAAGCAUGGGCCCCAGAAGCUUCGGCACCCAAUCGGGACCAAUUGUGGAUGGAACGUUAUGUGGUAUCUUGCCUUUACUACAGCAUGCUCCAAGAGAAUCCCAUUACUGUGGAAGAUGGCUUUGGAUGGUUGUCCAGUGAACACGUCUGCGAAUGGGACUUAGGUUCCAAUGACACUGUGGCCAUGAAUUGUAGCGAAACUGGAGAAGUUACUACCUUUGAAGCCUCUGAAGAUGCAUUAGUCAAUGGGACACUACCAUCGGCGAUUGGAGCUUUGACCAGUCUGGAACGAUUGGGUUUCUUGAGACCCAACAACUUGAUCGGAACCAUCCCUUCGGAGAUUUCGCAACUUAAAUUGAAUUUCUUUCGGUGCAUCCACUGUUCUUUGAAUGGUACCAUUCCUACUGAAAUUGGACGUUUGACGCAGUUGACCACCUUGUUCCUAGGGGAUAGCUUUGACAAGACUCGGUACUUGACGGGGAGCAUCCCAACGCAGGUUGGUCAAAUGACGCUCCUCCAAGAGUUUAGCAUCCGCAAUGCCCGCUUGACGGGAGUCAUCCCAGCCGAAUUCAUCAACCUUUGGAAUUUGACGGAAAUCUACGUAACGGGGAACAAGAUGUCGGGAGACCUUCCACUCUUGCCAGAGAAUGUGACCAAAUGCGAAGUUGCUGGAAUUUCGUACAAUGGUGACUUUCCGGAAGAAAACUGCUUUCCAAACAUUGAUCAGACAGUCUGCUCUCAUUGGUCUCAGAAUUGUAGGGGAAAAGAUGAUCCAUAG